AUGCAACAAAAAAUUAAUUCAGGCACAGAAUCUGAAGAUUCUCAAGAAAAUGAGAAUUCUUCUUUACCUUCUUUUAAACCACCGUUAGGGUUUGAAAGAGGUAAGCACGCAAAAGUAGCUUCAAAAUUUAAUGUUAGUGAAGUAGAGAAUAACGAAACAGAAAUUUGGAUAAUAAAAGUUCCAUCAAGAAUUGUAAAAGCUGAUUUAUCAGGAAAGUCCUUUAAAAUUCCUGUUGAAGCCACAGAAGGUUCGACUAAAGUAGCUAACCUUCAAAAAAAACUACAUGAAACAAUUUUCACGUCAUAUCAAAAAAGAACAGUAGAGACAAUGGCGGAUUAUGGAGUUUACAUUGAAAAUUUAGGAAAUUUACAGAGUAAUAAUGAAUCAAAACAAAGUAAAAAUUCAUCACAUCAAGUAAUUUUAGACAAAAUGCAAGAAUUUGAAUUAUUGAUACCAAAUAAUUCAUCUAAUUCAUCUAAUUCAAAUGGAGAACUUGUUUUAUCGAGUAAAAAACCUACUAGAUAUUUUAAUAUAUAUCGUGAAAUAGAAUUUCCAGAUUCGAUUAUUAAUAUAAAAAAAUCAAGAAACUCCUUAAUUCCACAACAUCCUCCAGAAUCAUUCAUUCCGAGGUUCAUUACUACAUUUCCGGAAUUUCCUAAGGAACGUACGGAAGAGGUUAAUUUAGAAAAAGAAAAUUUUAGAAAAAAAUUGAUUAAUGAAUGGGAAUUUAACAGAUGGCAUAAGGAAAUAAAAAAACAUAAUAAAAAAAUGCGAGAAGCAUAUUAUGAUUGGCAAGAAAAAUAUGAUAACAACAAUGAGGACAGUGAGAACAAUGAAAAUAAAGAUGAUUUAGAUAGUGAAGAGUUUUUAACAACUACAGAUGAAGAAACCGAUCUAGUAAAGAAGAAAAAAACGAAAAUUAAUCAUGAAUCAAGGUCAUUCACAUUAAAGUUGCAAAAUAGGAAUGAAAUUGAUUCAGAGGAAGAAAAAAUUUUAGCAGAAGUAAUGGAAGAAGAAGAAGCACUCGCUAAGAUAGCACAUGAACAGAUUCGUAUAAAGGAAGAGAAAAUCCAAAAUUUAGAGGAAGCAGAAAAGAAAACAGCCGAAACGUGGACAUCAUCACUUGUUACAUAUCCUAAAUUUGAGCGGCCAAUUACUUGGUGGUCCAAAAUGAGAGAAAAAAUUCUUGUGGAAGAAGAAAAAAAAUUAAAACCAUAUAUCAUUAAAAGAGAUUGGAGUAUGCAAGAAAGACUAGAAUAUUAUAAAGAAUAUCAUAGCGAAGCACCAUCAUAUCCAAUUUCAGAAGCAAAAGGUCAAGAAAUUGAAAUAAAUUAUGAUGGAAUUUAUGAUAAAAUUACGGUUCCUAAACCUCACCCAAAACGAAUCAAAUCACCACCGAAACAAGGAACUUUAGGUUAUAUUUCACCUUGUGUAGAAUAUAUAGACGAAUAA